AUGAGCCCUGGAGAUACAAAGGCAGUAUAUAUAGAGUUUAAUUCGGAAGUUUAUGUAGUAGUUCACCCUACAUCGUCGAUUAAUUCAAUAGAUAUUGACUUUCAAGUUGGUAAUUCUGAAAGCACUCUUAGCGCAGGAGCAAUUGUUGGAAUAGUUAUGGGCACGAUUUGUUGUUUCUUCAUCCUUAUGUGUGGAGCAGUCCCAACAGGUGUAUAUUGUGCUAUUAAGAAAGCCAGAAGGCAUUUAGGAAAUCAAGGAACAGCAAAUAAUCAUGCUGCUACAUCUAUUCAGGUGAAUCCAUCGUCUCAAAUGAAUACCGGUCAAGCUCCUCAGCCUCUCUAUAUUUCUCAUAACACCUCAAUAGCUCAGCCUCCAAGAAUGCAGGGUGACCCAACCACCGACCCAAACAUGGCCUACGACCAAAAUAACACGCUUCAACCCCAAAUAGGAAUUCCCAUUUCCGGAGAAAACAACAGACUUCCCGUAAUAGACGGAAAUCCAAUUGCCCCUGUGCCUAAAGCCAAAAUGGGCUAA